AGAACCCAUAGACAUGAAUUGUUCACACCUUCUGCAAUUGGUACAGCGCCGGAUGAAAGCAGGAAUAAAUUCCAGCUGAAAACUAUAGAAACUCUCUUGGGCAACUCAGCUAAAGUUGGCGAAGUGAUUGUUCUUGGGAUGAUCACCCAGAUGAAGGAGGGGAAAUUUUUCUUGGAAGACCCUACAGGAGUUGUCCAGCUGGACAUCAGUAAAGCACAGUUCCACAGUGGCUUGUACACAGAAUCAUGUUUUGUUUUAACAGAAGGGUGGUAUGAAGAUGAAAUAUUUCACGUCAAUGCUUUUGGAUUUCCCCCAACGGAACCUUCUGCUACCACUAGGGCAUAUUAUGGGAACCCAAACUUCUUUGGAGGGCCUUCUUCCACCUCUGUAAAAGCUUCUGCAAAAUUGAAGCAGAUGGAGGAAGAAAACGAAGACGCCAUGUUUGUCUUCCUUUCCGAUGUGUGGCUGGACCAAGCCGACGUGAUGGAUAAGCUUCGCAUUAUGUUUUCAGGUAACUCUGUCGAUCAGUGUAGGAGUGAUAGAACCUUUUAAGAAAAUGC